AAAGACGGUGACUGGGCAGUUUGUUAUUAUCUUUUUAUAGCGUAUCUAUUCAAUUAUUUAAUGUAUUUUUAACACAUAAAGCCCUGUGAAUGUGAAAAAUUAAGAAAAAAAUUGCGCUUUGGUGCGGAUCGGAGAAAAUUCCACAGUAAAUUGACGUGACCAAGUUCAUUGCCUUAUUACUUAUAUUAUUAGGACAUAAUGCUGUUGACGCUAUUUUGGAAACGAAACCCUGCACGUUUAUUUUUAUCAAAAUGAGGUGGAUACUUUUUUAUGGUAAAUCGAAACAGUUUAGCAAGUUCUUGAUUAUAUUUCCCAUUUUAUUUCUUUGUGUUGACAUAUACUUUCUUACAGUGGAUAUUUCAUGGGAUGGUUGUAUAGGUUUAGUCAGUGCGUUUUAAAAUGGAUGGCUCAUCAUUUCUCGGAACUUGGUCCGCCAGUAUUGCGCAUCACCGCCAUUGUUGAAUGCCGUACGUGUGUCGAAAUAUUGCUUGUCGAUUGACUAUUACUUGACAAUUCAAGCAAUAAGCCUUCAAGUUUCACGUGAAUAUAGCGUAUGCUCCGUUCUCAGCACGCGAUCAAAUCAUAGGAAUCCGGCAAUGUGACGCAAUUGCUUUCUGUGUUUUGCUACAUUUCAGUCUUGUCACCAUGGCAACCAAUUUGAUUCACGAAUAACGACCCACGUGAAUCCAAUCUCUUCCCUGCAUUGCUUUCUGUCACGCCCCACAUCGAAAGGUGCUUCAGUAGGUUAUUUACAAAUUUUUCGACAGAAAUGUCCCUUAUAAUUGCAUUCUGCUCUUUCUGAAUUGAUUAAAAAAGUUAUGGCGUUUUUAUAUGACACUGGAACGAUGAAAAUGGCUCUUUCCGUACAUUUAUAUAAUAGCAUGAUCCGGUUAUGAAACAAGACGUAAUAUAUGGUAAUAAGUUGGCAAUGACCCAUGUUUAGAAUUGAAAAACGGGUUGUAAUUGAAAUAUUCCAGCGUUAGCUUAUUUCUGCCGAAUUAAUUUAAAUGCUUAAGAGGCAGAAUUGUAUGCACCCCCAAAACGCUUUUGCUGGAUCAAAAAUUCAAAUAAGUGUCUAAUAACAUGAGCGGGUUAUUGUUUUCUUUUGUUGGAAGAAUGUUGACUAUUUCUUAGACAGGGUAAAUGUUGUUAGCUAUGCUGAGUCUUAUAGAUCCAUAGGAAGAAUAAGCAAAGGCCAAGUGUAUCGCUCGAGUUAACUCUUUCGGUCGACUACAGCGAAUCAUAGCAAUUGAAGGAGAUGCCUCGAUGAUUAUUCUAUACAGAGCAGCCAAGGACUUGAAUAAUAAACAGCUGUCGGCAGUCAAGAGGGAGAGGCAAUCUGAUUUAAAAUUUUAAAAGAAAAAGAAAAGCCAGCCGUGUAUUAUCUCCUCCAUAUUUCAAAAAGACAGUAGUGUAUAGGCCAUCCUAUUUAUAUUCCUCUUGUCCUAUAUUUUUGUUCUUUUUCGACUCUCUUCGAAUUCCAUCAAGGCGUUCAAUCAUGGCGUGGUGCACAAAUGUAUCAUCCGUGCCAUGUUUGAGACAAAAAAUGUUGUUCGUCGUUUGACAAAGUUUGUUUGAUCGAAUCGCGAAUAUUAUUAUUGGCUGGAGGUCGUGGCCAGAUUUCGAAAGCAUCAAAAAAGCGGAAGUGUGUGCCGAGUCGUAAAGCUGGGCAAAGUCGUGGGUGCGAGCCUAUACAGCUGGAAGCAUUCCUCUCAGCAGCUAGAGUUGUACGUAUUCCAACUAUUCGCGCACACUGUUAAAAAAGAAAAAAAAAAUGUUAUAUAUACUUUGCGCGCAUGCGUUGGGCGCGCGCGGAUAGCGAGUCGAUUCGAAACGGCCGAAGAGAUUGUGUGGAAAUUUCUAGCUGCAAAAGUUUCUUCUCCGGCGCUCUGCUGCUGCAGUGUGUAGUAGCCCUCGUGAAUGUGUGUGUGUGUAACAUAGACAAAUACACGGCCAUGUUGGCGCAGAUGCCUUGUCUCUCUGCUGCUGUAUAGUACGCGCGGGCGUGCAGCUAUAGCGGGCCGUUCACGCAGACGCAAAGCCCUCUCAUUGUUACCUCCUUUUUUCCCCUAUAUAUGUGAGAGGGGUUCGCAGCUCCCGACGAUUCUGCCCAUCUUCUUUCAUCGUUUGUUUCACCUCCUUGGACGCUUCAUUCGGACAAAGUUCUAGGACCUGUGAAGAGACGAGAGACAAGCCGGUGGUGUGUACUGUCGCUACUGCUCGCCACUCCAAUCAAAGUGAAUUGCAUUCGUGACUGUGUAUUUGCUGGUGCUGUUGUUUGGACUAGUAGAAAAAGAAGAUGCGAUUCCGCCAAAUGUGUCCGGACGGAUGAGCAGCCAAACAACACAGCAGCAGUCCACCGUCGUCUGAAUCGAAACUGUAAAAAGACGUGGUCGUCGUGUCCUACACAGUCUGCACUGUGUACUACACGCAGCAGGAGCAACCCAGUCUCAGCAGCCGCCGAGGAGAAUAUCGCCCGCUGAGAUUUUCGUUGGCCUUCCGCCAUUUGAAGAGCUAGAAAAUAGCUUACCGAUUACGCCAUCGUUUCUUCUUCUCGUCGUCGUCGUCGCAAGUUAAUGAACGCACUUUGAACUGAUCCCAUUUCCUACACAUCCCACACACGUAGACACACACACACCGGGCGCCAUCUUCUCAUCGUUCUGCUCCCUCUUCAUGGCACAAAUCGAAAAGACCAUCAACAGCCGGAAUGAUCCUGUAGAUCCGUCUAUCCAUAAUUCCCGAAGAGCACGUCCGUUCCAUCACCUUUCCAGUGAUAGUUUGAGCGAAAUACGAGAGUCUCCAGUCUCAGCAAUGGCCAGCAGCACAGAAGACUGGGCUGGAUCGACUAUGGAGGACGAAGAGUUGCCGAUGGGGGAAUACGCGACCAGCUCACCCGGAAUUGAAGUGGGUGAUCAGGUGGACGAGCCGAGCCGAGCGUCCAGCAGCAAUGAAGACAAUCACCGCAACAGUUAUUUGAACGAUCAGAAGCGAUCCAGUCAUCAAGCCGACCUCGUUUCCAGCCAGAGUACCAGCAGCGAAGGUGAAUACGUGUGUCGUCACAAGAAAAUGAACAAAAUGAAGUUGCUGGUGAGGAGUCACGCCUUAAGAGAAGCAGCUUCCCCGCCUCCCGAUUCGCCUUCUUCUUCACCUCUAUUUAACGCAACAACCAAUAGCUCAUCAUCACAACCUGUUCCCGACGAACAGCAGCAGCAGCAGCAACAACAACAACAGGCUUCUUUGGUCAUCACGGUCGUAGAGAGUCACGACGAAACCUCAUCACCGCAUCACCAAGAAGUGGCUCAAGUGACUAAUCGACUCCGUCCUCGAGUUCAGGUGGAGAGUUCUCAGUGCAGCGUAGAUAGUUCGAGUUCGUUCGUCUCGUUUUCCUUAUCGCGGGAUUCGAGCACGGAUUUAGCCAACGGCAGCGAGGCUUACUUGGCGGCCGGCUCGCAUUUGUACACGGACAACACGGGAGUUGACCUGCACCACUUUAUCAUCGAGACAUUGCACCGCAAUUACAAAGACCGGAUGACGUUGUUGCGCAUCGAACAGGACAUGAUCGCCCUAGUUAGAGAUACCAAACGUACCUGUCACCGCUUUCCGGCCAUGUCCUCCUAUCACCGAAUGCUCGUCCACCGAGUCGCCGCUUACUUUGGCAUGGAACACAAUGUCGACCAAUCCGGUAACUGCGUGGUGGUGAGCAAAUCGCGUCACACGCGGUUGCCGGAGGUCGCAUUCAAAGAGUAUGUUCGUGAUGAUGUCGUCCUGCCGGAGGAGCCCAACAGGAAAUUGAAUCCCAAAAGAGAAACGGUCUCUUUCGAGGAACCCGACCGUCACAGCAGCAACGGCAGCAACAGCGGCGGCGGCGGCAACAAGUUCACCCGUUCAACGGAAAUCCGAAGUCGGAGCCUGGAAGAGCGUGACUGCGUGCUGGGCAUGGACAGCAAAGCAAAGAACCGUGCCUUCCAACCUCAAGUGACGCUGGUCCCAGAAGGAGUCUGCUGUCCAGCAGUCGAAGGAGCCACUACUGCUACGGGAGCCAGAAGGAAGGAAAAUCUGUCGGAAUCCACCGUCUCCGCUUACGCCACUCCGACGACUUCACGCACAAACAGCGAAGACAUCCAGACUCUUCGAUGGCCAAAGCGGAUGACACAAGGAACACUUCGCACUAACAUGCGCAUUCCCAAGGUGGAGUCGUUCGAUAGUCGCGACUUACUCGGCGGCUACGGCAACACUUUACGUCCGACCGUGGCCAAGUCGUACAGUUUUGGUGGAUACACGGCCACUUGCACAUCGCACGAGGCCAAUGCGGCAGUCAUGAGAGGAGGUGAUGUCAACGGAGCCCCGGGUGUCUAUCAACAACAACACAACGUCAACACCCAACAUCAUGGCGGACAGAAUUAUGGCACUCGAUUUUUAUCCAAACAAGUACGUUCAAGUGAGGAUUCAAAUUCAAGUUCGAUCAGUAUCUCUCGAUCCAGUCCUACCAGUUCCGGGUACAAAUCUCAACAUUCUGCCGCUCCAUCUCCUACUCCGGUGCCCAGCAACAGCCGGGCUGUGCCAUUACGGACGCCAGCCGCAACUUGUAACAGCAGCUGCAACAAUAUUGAAUCGCAAAAUGCUGGCGGCUAUAAUCAGGAAUGGAAUCGCGCUAAUGCAACAGUCGGCGGAGCAACCGCCACUACUCCCGAAAUCGUAACUCCGCCGACUAAUAAUGCAACUCUGCUUUGGGCAGUCACUAGUUUAGACGAUGUGCCAGCCGGUUCUAUUCUCAUCAAUCCGCAAACUGGCCAACCUUUCUACAAUUCGGACGGCUCAGCCUACAGAUACGAUCCUCAUUUACCUCUACCCUUUCAAGUUGAAACCAACGUCAAUUCCAACAGUGAUGCAAUGGGAGAAAUCGAACAGGCAGACAACUCGUACGAAUCUUACGACAGACCGGAAGUAGUAGUCAAAGCGGAAGACAACGAAGGAUCGUCAAUGUCGUCCGUUCCCGUGUAUCCGGCUUGGGCGCAACAGUGUUAUGAAAGCCCAAUUUCACCCACUUUGGCAACUUCUUACGUUAACCAACCGCAGGCUUAUUUCGGUCCGGAAUUUGCUUCAUUUCAUCCGGCAAACGGAGGAGCGGCUUCAAAUUCUCAACCAAACGGCUACUUUGUUCAGGGCCCCACAGUCAAUUCUUCAGCUCCGUUCGACGAUCAAAUGAAAGGCAAUUGCGUUGCAGUUCCGGUUGCUCACGGCCAUGGGUACGUUCUCUAUCAAGCCUGUUUGGGUCCUUCCGGCGACAACGGAGCCUCCAUCGACGCCAAUGAUUUGUACUCUGCCAUGAAGAAUCUUAGUCUUAGGCCAAUCGGCGGAAUUCCGCCAAUGUCGUAUCCUUUAGCCGAAAAUCUGACUCAUCAGGUGGAAAUGGCUUCAACAAAUGGGCCAUUUCUCGCUACAGUUCCUAUCCGGCCGGCUAACAUAUCUAACGGGAAAAUGCAAGCCCCUUGUAACAAUUUGCCACCACGUUCCGGUUCGACGCCGCCGACCGUUGUUACAAGUGCACCCACAACGUCGCUGACGUCCAACGCUUAUCUGGCAUCAAUGCGAGCUCAAAGUAAUAGUCAAAUGAUGCAACAUCACCAGCAAAUGCAGCAGCCUUACAACGGGACUGCCAAUGUGGCUGUUACUCCUUACCCAUCCAUGGUUUAUCCGUUGGUGAAUACAACUGCGCACUCUCAAGGCAACCGACAACAUUACUUCCCUUCCAGCCUCGUUCAUCAUCAAUUCAACAACGCCGCGCAUCAGUAUGUUUCAUCUCCUUGGUCGUUGGUGACGACUACUGCUGGGACGAAUCGAGGCACCCCGGAGAGGGAAACUAAUAACACAGUCAGCCUGGAAAUGCCAUCCAAUCGAAUGGUGGCAGCUCCACACUCUCCUAAUCGUGUCUCCUGUUUGUACGGACCUUCACUUCCAUCGCCAUUUCUCACAGCAGGGGAAUGCGGAGCAAUUCGCCAGUCGUCAACCGUACUCCACCGCCAGUUUUCACUUCCGACUCCAGCGCCACCAGCAAUGUACACGUUGAGACCUCGCAUCCAACAACAACAACAGACGUCAUUUUCCAGCUCGUCUUUACCACGUCCUGCAACAUCUAUUCAGAAUCAGCAGCCUGGCGUGCUGGGCUUUAAUUCCUCGCGACAUGUCAGGACCAGACGUCAAGUUUUCCGGCCUCACGCUGCCCCUGUCGGUUUCACUACUGAUCCUUCCUCUGUGAUGCAGAGUCAUUCGUCCUCUCCUGUUCAGCAGUUUCCGUCUCCCACGAGCUAAAUUCUUAAAAAACAAAAAAAAACAUGAACUAUCUGAUAAUAACUAGCUAUAAAUUUAGGGAGACCUCUAUUGAAUUUAUACUCAAGUCAAAUUUCCCGCUAGGAGUUUCCUUGAAAAAACAAAAUUUUUAGGCAAAUCAAGUGAUGACCAAUAAGUUUCAAACGCUACAAUUAUAUAAUGAUAUUAGUUAUCUCGGAGAUCCUCUAUACCAUCGCGUUAACUUCUCAUUUUCUGUCAAACAAUCAGCACUCUUUUCAAAUCAAGCGUUAGGCCUAAUUGGUUUUUAAGUUAACAAUUUUUAAAGGCCCUAUUGAAAUGGCAAUUAACAAAAAAGCAAUCGUUUGGGAGUGCAAGUAAAUUAAAUAAAAAUCAGUUUACUACUUGGCAAAAUCUCUAGCGAAAAAUUUGUUUUCUCAUCAUUUCCUGCGUAGCGUACGUGGUUAAAAAUCUCAACGCGGCAACCCUUGACAUGUUUGUGUUCAUAAGCCUGGGGAGUGUCAAUUACAGCCAUCCACAAGUGAUUUUCUAUCACAAACGUCAUUUUACUUUCCUCUAAAUUGUGAAAAAUCUCUCUAACUUUACUCAAUCGAAGAAAUCUAUUUAAAUGCAAGUGUGGAAAUCCUCUCUGACCCAACUAUCUGCUGUCACUUCCAGUAAUGUAGUCUAGUGCUCACAAAAAUUAGGAAAGCCAUUUAAAAUCUCUCUCUACACCGAAAUACCCGAUUCAAAACCGCUGAACUGUUGUUGUGGCGAUCGAUAGUUAUUAUUUAUUACAGUGUUUCAUUCCCUGCUUGAAUACCACAAACCUAUACUAUACUUGACAUCAAUUCACACGUUUCUUUUCACAUUUCUAUCUUUCAUUUGCCACAUUAUUAUGUAGGUAAAAAUUGUGCUUUUCAACUCUUUGGAAGUGUUAUUUCUCUUUCAAUUAUCUCUAGCUAGUCUAUCUAAUCUGUUGGCUCCUCAGUCACUGAUAUUUUUGGACAAAUUCAUUGGAUAUUGUCAUGCAUAUGUUGUAUUUCCUUUUUAUUUGUUUAAGAGUUUUCUCAUAACUAUCGUUAAAGGAACACUGUUAAGAGUACAUUAAAAAUCAACACCUGUAUCGUGAUUGGACCUAUAUAAAAAUGUGGGCACGCA